AUGGACCCUGCUUACUCCUUGUCGAAGUCUCAGCUGCUGGAGUGGGUGAACACCUUAUUGCAGACUUCCCUUACCAAGGUCGAACAGUGUGCUUCGGGAGCAGUGUAUUGUCAGAUUAUCGACUCGGUCUUCCCGGGACGUGUACCGUUGAAGAAAGUGAACUGGAUGGCUAAGGUGGACUAUGAGUAUGUUCAUAAUUAUAAGAUAUUACAGAGAGCCUUUGAUCAAUGCAAUAUAGCUAAGCAUAUUGAU